UGGAGUUACCUGAUGCGGGUGGCGAAGGGGGAAGCCUGAAACCAGUGGCUUUAAAGCAGCACGACGCACAGGCAGCACUGGGUUCAUUCAUAUGUCUAAGCGGCGAUGAGUCGGAUGCUGUCGGUUCAGGAUGGCGGACGGCCAGCUGGCGUUGUGAACGCACGAGUUUGCGGUGCUUCGGAAUUGCGUAAAUGCGCACUGGUACACGCGAGGAGCGGCGUUUCCACCGCUGUCCUCUGCUGCUGACAUCGUGUGAAAACAUUUUACGCGGAGCUGCUCCAGCGAGCUCCGACGCACCGUUUGGCCAGCGGACGAACAGGUUUUGUCUCACCAAGGGAUGUUUUCCUCUUCAAAGCCAGGAAGCUGUGAAGCACACAGUUCAGAAUGCCUCUGGAUUUGAAGUUCUCAUUUAAUUAAGGGAAGAAAAUCUUUCUAAAAACGCAAGGAAGUCUUGAAGUCAUUACACUCCCGCAGAGUUUUCAUUGAAAGACUUAGGUUCACUUAUUAAAGGAUUAUUUUGCUCACCGUAGACUCUAUCGCCGUGGUGCAAAUAGAACAGCGGAGCUGCAGCUGAAGGGGACGUGUAGCCCUGAGUAAUUGCCUCUUGUUUGAAGGUGUAAAAUUCUCUGCCAUAAAGGCUUUCUCUUGGAUUAUCAGGGCACUAGUGAAGGUCAGUGUUCCUCUUCCAAGGCCUUUGAUCCAGUGCCAUCUUCCCACUCACUCUUUUUCUCUUUUUCAAUAUCCCUACUCUUGACCUUGAGGUUUUUGUGGUAUUAAGUAUUAAGCCCUGGGACACCCAGUUUAAGCCUUUUCUCCCCUGGAAUAUUGUCACGCCAAAACUUUAACCAAAAUAACCUCCUGGCAGGACUCAUUGAAGGAGUGAAGAGUGCUGGAGAGAAAGGAAUAGAGGGACUUGAAAGACAGAUGGCUUUGCUGCUCCAAAACACCAACAGCCAGAUGAAUAAAACAUUUGAAUAGAGAGGGAGUAGUGACAUCUGGCUGAGCAGUGAGUUAGACACUCCUCAUUCCCCCUCUCAUUCUUUUUACUUAUUCUGUCCACUCUUUCACUGCCUGGCAUCCGUAUCCUCUUCAUUCCCAGACCUUCCGUACAUCUUUCACUUUCUCUUGUUUCUUUCCCUGUCUUUUCCCCUGUGGACACAGGGGUUCAGGCGGUCACUCAGACAGUCAGAAACAAGCUUGUGCCUCUGCUUGUUUCUUCAGCUCUUGCUAAGUUUUGUUUCACCUUUGCGUGACCCUCACUCCACCUCUCCCCUCUCCUGCUCCUUCUCUUCCUCCCCCUUGGUGCGGUGUGUGAUGGUGCGUCCCCUCCUCUCGGUCCUGGAGACAUGCCUGUGCAGGAGAUGGCGGUGAGUCCUGUCAAGUCCCUGUACUGGGAGAAAUUCCCCUCCAUGUCACAGCGUCGUGUCUACUGCACUCCCGUUUACCAUGAAGGCCUGCUAUACGUGCUGGGGGGCUGCAGUGAGACUGGCAUGCCCUUGGACAGCGUUGAAGUUCUGGAUGUAGAAAGCCAGACAUGGAGCCAGCUGCCGCCACUUCCGACAGCGCGGGCGGGGGCCUCGGCUGUGGCAUUGGGGAGCCAGGUGUUGGUGCUUGGGGGCAUGAAUCAACAGCAGACUCCGUUGGCAUCCGUGGAGAUUUAUCACCCUGACGAGGGCAAAUGGGAGACAAGGGCCAGCCUGGGUCAGCCUUCCAUGGGAGUCACCACUAUUGAGAAAGAUGGAAAGGUUUAUGCUUUGGGAGGUAUGGGAGUCGACACCACGCCACAGGCCCUGGUGAGAGUUUAUGAGGCAGAGAAGGACCAAUGGCAGACGCUGACCUCCAUGCCAACGCCGCGGUAUGGAGCCACACCUUUCAUGAGAGGAAACAAAAUCUACUUGAUGGGUGGUCGUCAGGGAAAGAUGCCGGUGACGGCGCUGGAGGCUUUUGACCUGGAGAUGAAGAGCUGGACACGUUACCCCUGCAUUCCAAGCCGGAGGGCCUUUUCCUGCUGUGCCACAAAUGAGCGGAGCCUCUUCAGCCUGGGGGGCCUCCAGCAGCCUGGACCGCAUAACUUCUACUCCAGACCUCACUUUGUCAGCACCAUGGAGGAGUAUGAUCUGGAUCAAGGCAUCUGGAUCAAACCCAGCCGAACAUCCAGGAUGAGGGAGAAGAGGGCUGACUUUGUGGCAGGCUGCCUGGGAGGAAGAGUAAUUGUCGCCGGUGGUCUAGGUAAUGAACCAGCACCACUGGGCACAGUGGAGAGCUACAACCCGGUGAAGCGGCGCUGGGAGUAUGUGGCACCCAUGCCCACUGCACGCUGUUCCUCUGCCCUCCUGCAGACAACCAGCAUGCUCUUUGUAAUUGGUGGAGUCGCCCAGGGACCCAGUAAUGCUGUGGAAGCCCUGUGUUUACCGGAAACAGUGUGACACAUACGCUCACGCGACACACACGCAGGAAUAAAUGCAUUGAUAUUUUAUUCAUGUAUGUGUGUAAACACAGACAAAAACACAUGAAUUGGAUCCACAGAUCACACUUAGAUGCUUUUCUACCUUCAUGUCCAACUGAUGGAUUUGUCUUGUACAUGGGGAUGUAAGAAACUCUUUUUCAAAUUCAACAAGCAUUUUCAAAUGGGUACUGCAGAGACAAUUUUUGACAGAGCUGGAUGAAUACAAGAUUAAGGACAUUCAA